GAAUUUAACGUGGUGAGAGGGGGAGACACGCUGGAAUUGGGAGAAAAGCAGUGGAAAAAAAUACAGAAAUAUAUAUUUUUAAAGGUGUUUGCGUGUUAGGUUUAGUGCUGUUUUGGGAUAUAUUUUGACGGUGCUGGCGUGUUGUGCAUGCGGUGUGCAGAAGGGAUGAUAUGUUGGGACAGAUGAAGUGCCGACGGGAGAGGUUGAAGGGGAAAGGUAUGUGAAGAUUGGUGUCGGUGGGUGUUGGGUACCCUACAACGCUGCCGACCCGGGCACCGGCCACUGAUCUCGGGACACGGCGGUGACCGCAGCCGGCACACGGACGCCUCCUUCCCUUCACACAGUGCCAGCCCACUCCGAAUCAAUAAAAGGGGCAGGCAUCAUUCCCUCUCUCCACCACACACCGCCAGAAUGAGCGCACAGAGUUGCUGGGGCUACGGAGAUGAUAACGGUCCCUUGAACUGGCACAAGAAGUUUCCAUUUGCCCAGGGGAACCGGCAGUCUCCCAUCAACAUUGUGGGUGCCGAGGCGGUCUACGACCCCGACCUGGGGCCGGUCACCAUCUCCUACAGUGGCUGCUCCUCCAUGUCCAUCUGCAACAACGGCCACUCAGUGGUGGUGGAGUUUGAGGAUUGCAACGAUAAGACAGCGGUGAGCGGAGGACCCUUGGACCACCCCUACCAGCUGAAGCAGUUCCACUUCCACUGGGGCCGGAAGCAGCAACAAGGAUCCGAGCACACUGUCGACGGCAAGAAUUACCCUGGAGAGCUUCAUCUGGUUCACUGGAACUCGACCAAAUAUCAAAGCUUUGGCGAGGCGGCAGCGGAGGAGGAUGGCUUGGCCGUGGUCGCCGUGUUCCUGGAGAUGGGUGACAGACACGCUGAUCUCCACAAGCUGACAGAUGCCCUGUACAUGGUGAAAUUUAAGGAAACGCAAGCCCAGUUUAAGAAGUUUGACCCCCAGUGCCUGCUGCCCGACUGCAGGGAUUACUGGACUUAUGCCGGCUCGCUGACCACUCCUCCGCUCCACGAGAGUGUGACCUGGAUUGUCUUCAGGGAGCCCAUCAGAGUGUCUGAGAAGCAGAUGGAUAAGUUCCGGAUGCUUCUGUUCUCGGACGAGAACCAGUCGGAGAAGGUGCGAAUGGUGGACAACUACCGGCCCCCUCAGCCCCUCUGUGGGAGGAGGGUCUCUGCUUCUUUCCAGUCAUAACCCAAUCUUCUCCCCACCCCUGAUGCACACCAGCAGCCCACCCAGAGGGCACGGUGCGGGGACCCUGCAGUUAUGGACCCUAAAUGGCAAUUGGCCUCAACUUAUCCUCUCAUGUUGGAGAUGGCACCAGUUCAGGAUGUCUCUCCGGGCUCCAUACAUUACAUGGUGGUGCGGGGCCUGGGUUGUUGGCGAGAUCUCACCCCUGCUCAUAGUUUCACUUCACUCCUUACUCGAAGUAACUUGGCCUGUGCGACCAGCAUUGAAAUUCGCCGACACAGGUGGGCAUCACGAAGGUGCAGCGGUAGAUUUGUUGCCAUACAAUGCCAGAUCCAGACCCCGAGUGCUGCCUGCAUGGAGUUUGUAUGUUCUCCAUGUGACCGUGUCAGUUCUCUCCGGGUGCUCCGGUUUCCUUCCGUACUCCAAAGACGUACAUGUUUGUAGGUUAGUUGACUUCUGUAAGUGUGUAGGGUAGUGCUAGUGUAUGAGGUGUUCGCUGGUCCGUGUGGACUCGGUUGUUGGGCCGAUGGGCCUGUUUCCAUGCUGUAUCUCUGAAGUCUAAAGUAACUGAGAUAGACUUGGCGACUGAUUCACAGAACACUUGCACUCGGCUGACUAAGGCCUGCAGGAUCUCCCGGUUGCUAACCAUUUUAACUCUUCCUCCCAUUUCCACACGGACCUUUUUGUCCAAGGCCUCCUCUCUUGCCAAAGUGAGGCCACACACAAACUGGAGGAAUAGCACGUCAUAUACUGUUUGGGUAGCCCAGCGGUAUGAACAUUGAUUUCUUCAGUUUCAAAUAUUACCCAAGACACCUCUCCCUAUCUCCCCAGUUUCCACCCUGGCCCCUCCAUGUACACCUUUCUUCUUAAUUCCCUUACCACUUCCUUUCCACUCCCCGCCCCACCAUUCACAUAUCUCCUGUCCCUCUCUAGUCCUCCCAUUUUCUCCCCUCCCUACACUGUUCCCUUCCACCCACCAUCCCUCCCUCGGGUUCGACAUUUCACUCCUCAGCUUCCUUGCUUUAUCAGAUUCCACCAACUACAACUUUUGGUCUCACUCAUCAUUUCCAGCCUUGGUCACUAUCUCCACCCUUCUCUCUCCUGCCUGACUCAUCUGCCAAUCAACCCCUCCUCACCUGCAUCCACCUAUCAAUCGCCAGCUCUUGCCCCACCUCCUUCCCCUCACCUAAUUCUACCAGCUAUCUCCUCUCUGCUCCAUCAGUCUGAAGAAGGGUCCCAACCCGAAACGUUGUCUGUCCAUUUCCUCCACUGAUGAUGCUACCUGAUCCGUUCAUUUCCUCCAGCAUCUAGUUUAGCUUAAAUUAGUUUAGAGAUACAACAUGGAAUCAGGCCUUUGGCCCACUGAGUCUGGCCCAGCCAUUGAUCACCCUGUAUGCUAGCACUAUCCAACACAAUACGAACAAUUUACAAUUUUACAGGCCAAUUAACCUGCAAACCUGCACGUCUUUGGAGUGUGCGUGGAAACCAGAGCACCUGGGGAAGAUCCACGCGGUCACAGGGAGAACAUGCAAACUCCGUAGAGACAGCUCCCGUAGUCAGCAUCAAACCUGGAUGUCUGGCGCUGUAAGGCAGCAAAUCUACCGCUGUGCCACCGUGCCACUUUUUGUGAUUGAAAUCCAGGAUUGGCUUAAGUUGUGCCUCCAGUCUACUAUUUUCCACAUAGCGUCUGAGAUACCCUGACGUUCUACAGCUGACUGAGAGCAGAACCACUGUAUGUCGGAUGGAGCCUGGUGGUGUACGAGUCUGCCUACCAUUUACUCCAUGACUUGAGGGGUCCCCUGGGACUCGGGAACCGUCGAUUAUAAUCACAGAACUUCUGCUCCAAACCAUCUGUUUGUCGCUUGUAAUUUAUUAAAUGAAUCAACAAAUAGAUGGUUAUUUGAUUCCAUUCAACUGUAGUUGUUUAGUCUUUUGGUGGAACAGAGCGAGAAAAAGAUUUGUAUAUAGAAACAAAGAACUGCAGAUGCUGGUUUAAACCAAAGAUUCCAGGUACUAUCGCAAUGCUAAAAAAAAAAUUUGAGGUACAUAGAUAGGACAGGUUUAGGAGGAU